UGCCUGACGUUUCAGAGACCGGCGUUUGUCUAUCGACGGCGCUUCGGGAAAGGCUAAACGAAACGGUCGUCUAGUAAUUGGCGCCUGCGUAAUACGUUCCCGUGGUUCGUUGGUCUUUUCGCGACGUUGCUCCCCUAACUCUCCCCCGUGCCUGGUUGCCCGGGGCAACGGCCGCUUCCCUCCUCUCUUUCCCGCAUCAUGUCUGGGGACCAAGUGAGCAGUCUCUGCGAGCAGUUGGUGAAGGCGGUCACGGUAAUGAUGGACCCGGCCUCCACGCAGCGAUACCGUCUGGAAGCUCUCAAGUUCUGUGAAGAGUUUAAGGAGAAGUGUCCCAAAUGUGUUCCUUGUGGACUGAAGCUGUCAGAGAAAACCCAGACCGCUAUAGUCCGGCACUUUGGACUUCAGAUCCUGGAGCAUGUGGUGAAAUUCCGUUGGAAUAGUAUGGCUCGACUUGAGAAAGUCUAUUUGAAGAACAAUGUCAUGGGACUGAUAUCCAGUGGUACCCAGAAUAUUUUAGAGGAAGAAAGUCACAUAAAGGACGUUCUCUCUCGCAUUGUCGUUGAGAUGAUCAAACGCGAAUGGCCCCAGCACUGGCCUGACAUGUUAAAAGAGCUGGAUACACUCUCCAAGCAAGGGGAAACCCAGACAGAGCUGGUGAUGUUUAUCCUUCUGCGCUUGGCGGAAGAUGUAGUGACCUUUCAUACACUGCCAACCCAGCGACGCCGGGACAUCCAGCAAACUCUUACCCAGAAUAUGGAGAAGAUCUUUAGCUUCCUGCUCAACACCCUGCAGCAGAAUGUUAACAAAUACAGACGCAUGAAGAUGGAUGUAUCUCAGGAACAAAAGGCACAGGCAAACUGUCGAGUGGGGAUAGCAGCACUGAACACUCUAGCUGGCUAUAUCGACUGGGUGGCUAUGAGUCAUAUCACAGCAGAUAAUUGCAAGCUCUUAGAAAUGCUGUGCCUUCUCCUGAAUGAGCCAGAGCUCCAAGUGGGAGCAGCAGAGUGCCUCUUGAUUGUAGUCAGCAGGAAAGGGAAACUGGAGGACCGCAAGCCUUUGAUGGUUUUGUUUGGGGACGUUGCCAUGCAUUACAUCCUCUCUGCUGCCCAGACAGCAGAUGGGGAAGGUCUGGUGGAGAAACACUAUGUUUUCUUGAAGAGACUUUGUCAAGUCCUGUGUUCCUUGGGCAGUCAGCUAUGUGCACUGGUGGGCUCUGAUACAGAUGUGGAAACACCAGCCAACUUUGGGAAAUACCUUGAGUCAUUUUUAGCUUUCACAACCCAUCCCAGCCAGUUCUUACGCUCGUCCACUCAGAUCACGUGGGGAGCUCUUUUUCGGCAUGAAGUCCUAUCACGUGAUCCUGUGUUGCUGGCUAUUAUCCCAAAAUAUCUGCGGGCAUCUAUGACUAAUCUAGUCAAGAUGGGCUUUCCUUCCAAGACGGACAGUCCCAGUUGUGAAUAUUCUCGCUUUGACUUUGAUAGCGAUGAAGAUUUUAACUACUUCUUCAACUCUUUCCGUGCCCAGCAAGGAGAGGUGAUAAGGAUGGCAUGUCGCCUGGACCCGCGGACUGGUUUUCAGAUGGCUGGGGAGUGGCUGAAAUAUCAGCUAUCCUCUCCUAUUGAUAUUGGCUCCACGAACUCUAAAACUGGUGAAGGCCUCUGCUCCAUCUUUUCUCCUUCCUUCGUACAGUGGGAUGCUAUGACCUUUUUCUUGGAGAGCAUCAUUAGCCCGAUGUUCCGGACAUUGGAUAAAGAAGAGAUUCCAGUGUCUGAUGGCAUAGAGCUGCUACAGCUGGUUCGGAGUUUUGAAACGAAGGAUCCCCUCAUCUUGUCUUGUGUCCUGUCUAAUGUUUCUGCACUCUUUCCAUUUGUCACUUACAGGCCAGAAUAUCUGCCAGAAGUUCUUUCCAAGCUCUUUGUGUCCGUUACUUUUGAGGUUGUAGAAGAAAGCAAGGCUCCAAGAACCCGAGCAGUGAAAAAUGUGAGAAGACAUGCUUGCUCAUCAAUCAUAAAGAUGUGUCGAGAUUACCCUCAACUUGUUCUGCCAAACUUUGACAUGCUUUAUAACCAUGUGAAGCAGCUGUUAUCCAAUGAGCUGCUCCUCACUCAGAUGGAGAAAUGUGCUCUCAUGGAAGCCCUCGUCCUUAUCAGCAAUCAAUUCAAGGAUUAUCAGCGGCAGAAAGUUUUCUUAGAAGAGCUCAUGUCUCCUGUUGCUACCCUUUGGCUGUCUGAAGAAAUGAAAAGAGUCUUGAUGAAUCCUGAAGACUUUAUCUGCUACGUUGGUGCUGAUAACAAAAUAGCAGAUCCAAUCAUGGAAGAUCCCUGUGGUCUCAACCGUUCUAGAAUAAGCUUUUGUGUGUACACCAUUCUGGGAGUUGUGAAACGUGCACGUUGGCCCACUUCACUGGAAGAGGCAAAGGCUGGAGGAUUUGUGGUUGGGUACAUGCCUAAUGGCAAUCCUAUCUAUCGUAACCCUUGCUCUGUGCAGGUCCUGAAACUUCUUGACAACUUGCUUGCUCUCAUAAGGACCCACAACAUUCUGUACAUGCCAGAGAUGAUGGGUAAAUUGGGGGAAACUUUUGCAAAAGCCUUGGACAUGCUGGAAGUUGAGAAAAAUGCCAUCCUAGGCCUUCCUCAACCUCUUCUGGAGCUUUAUGAUUCUCCUGUUUACAAAACAGUCUUGGAAAGGAUGCAAGGGUUUUUUUGCACCAUGUAUGACAACUGCUUUCACAUUCUGGGGAACGCCGGCUCAUCAAUGCAGCAAGAUUUCUACACUAUCGAUGGCCUAGCCACUGAACUUCUUAACUCUGCCUUUGUCAAUCUUAACAAUAUCCCUGACUACAGACUCCGCCCUAUGCUUCGUGUCUUUGUGAAAUCUUUGGUCCUCUCUUGCCCACCAGAACACUAUGAAACUCUUAUCUGCCCUAUACUUGAGCCACUCUUCACCUAUUUACAUAUGAGGCUGUCCCAGAAAUGGCAAGUCAUCAACCAACGGGGUCUGCUUUGUGAUGAGGACACAACUGAUGACAACCCAGAAUCCCAGGAAAUGUUGGAGGAACAGCUGGUUAGGCUGCUCACCCGAGAAGUCAUGGACUUGAUCACUGUAUGCUGUGUCUCAAAGAAGAGUGCUGAACAGAAUAAUGCUGUUGCUGCUGCUGCUGUUGCUGCAGAUGGAGAUGAUGAUGAAAUGAUGUCCACUGAGGUGACUCCACCAUCCAGCUCUGAGCUCACUGAACUGGGCAAAUGUUUGAUGAAGCAAGAGAGUAUCAGCACUGCUCUGCUGAUAACAGCCUUCACUUCCCUUUCCUGGAAGGAUACCCUGUCCUGCCAAAGAACCACCACCCAACUCUGCUGGCCACUGCUCAAACAGGUGCUCCCUGGGACUUUGAUCCCUGAUGCAGUGACCUGGUUUUUCACAAGUGUGCUGAAAGGCUUACAGAUGCACGGACAACACGAUGGCUGUAUGGCAGCUCUUGUUCACUUGGCUUUCCAGAUCUAUGAGGCUUUGCGUCCACGCUAUACUGAACUGAAGACGGUGAUGGAACAGGUUCCAGAAAUCCAAACAGAGUCCUUGGAGCAAUUUGAUUCCAAACUGCUCAACCCUACACUGCAGAAAGCUGCAGACAAGCGCAGGAAGGAGCAUUUCAAACGCCUAAUUGCAGGUUGUAUUGGGAAGCCUCUAGGGGAGCAGUUCCGCAAGGAAGUUCAUAUCAGAAACCUACCAUCUCUUUUCAAAAAGGUGAAACCACCUGUAGACACAGAUGUAUUGGAUACCAUUGAAGAUGGACCCCUCCUCACACUCUUUGAAUCAUAAAUUCAGAACUCUUCCAGUGCACCUAUGCCAUUGUAUGGUGUGUUCUUUCACAGUACCCAGUUAUUUACUUUGUCUGCUCAUUCCAGAGCCUGGAUAAAGUUCUUACUAGCCUCAUCCCCUUUCUGGUUGGGAGAUGGGGACUACACAUUCAGUCCAGUUUGCUAAGUGUAACCUGCCUGUCCCCGUCCCCCCCACCCAGCUUAGUGUACAACUGGCUGUCUCUUGGAUAGAGCCCAGCCAUUUAGCAUAGAGACCUUAGUUCAGUUUUACCCCCACCCCCGCUUGUGCUGGCCCUCUAGGAACUAGCCUCCACCGAAACACAUAAUACUUUCCCCAAGGAGGAAGCGUGAGAGCAGAUCCCUAGUAUACCUGUCAUUUUUCAUUCAGAAUAUCUGCACUGCGGCUGCCUCAAUGCAACACUAACAUGGGCUUCAUUCUGCUUUUCUUUUGGAACGGCACAGUUUUCUUGAGGUAAAACGGCUGCACUCUGGUUGCUGUAGUCCCCCCCCCCGCAGCUCCAUGAAUUAAUCUUAGUAUUUUCUUCAAGAAAAUAGCACAUAUCUGCCAACAGCAAGGAGAGUUCAGUAAGAAACGGCUUCUGUUGUCGGUUUGACUCUGCCAUGCCUCCAGAGGUCUAGUGUGAAACAAGGCUGACCUUUAAUCCUAGAAGUGUUAUCAAAGCAGAUCUCCUACUUCCAAACCUGGCUUCAGCUGCCAGCAGCCUGCAUAUUCUAGUGAACAGCAGCCCACAGCUACUUUUGGGCUGAUUUGAAGUCACUCCUUCAGUGCUGUGUAACAACUAGAAGACCUUUGCUUAAACUGCUACCGUAGUUUGACUGAGGAAGUAUAAGAGUGUUUUACUGAAGCAAGGUACAUUUUAAGAGGGAUCUAGCCCUAGCAAGGUGGACAACCUUUGUGAUUACAUUCAGAUCCUUACUUUUAGUCAAACUCCACUGGGACUUCUUCAUACCUAUUGUGUCCCUCUAGUAACUUUUUAAUAAAAUAAAAGUCCCAUGACAA